AUGUCUGACCUAACAGGUUUACGCGUUUCUAUUCCAAAUUCAAGUGGUCACGGAUAUAUACGAUACAUUGGACCAAUACUAAAUAAAAAUGGCGUGUUUGCAGGUCUAGAACUACAAGGAUCAUUAGCUACGUUAAGAGGGAAGAAUUCGGGGUCUGUUGAUGGAGUACAAUAUUUUACAGUCUCUGUGCCCAAAAGUGGUCUUUUCUUGCCUUAUGAACGGUUGAGGAGUGUUAAUAUGCAGCUCCCUGAUGUGAAGCUGAUUGACUUUGGUGGGAAUGCUACUGAUGAGUUAACAAAUUUGACAACGCCGAUAAGACCAACACCAAUGUCACGAUUCAGUCCCAUGUCUAAACCGCCGUAUCACUCGGUGCAAAGGAGCAGUGCUAGGUUGAACCAUCAGGGAAAUGAUCAAGUGGUGCCAACUCAGCCAAAUUACAAUUUUGACCACCGACGUGAUUCAAAUUGGAGCUUGGAUCAGCAACAAAGUCAGGUGUCCACCACACCAUUAAGAUCACCACUCACCCCAUCAAACACAUACCACGAGGUUAAAUUGAAUCUACUAGACGACCAAUUAUACAAAUCGGAAAAUGGUCCUAAUUACACAGAACAGAUUGAGGAAUUGAACAAGUUAAUCAGGGAAAAGGACCGAAAGUUGGAGAACUUUAGCAAACAGAGAAAAGAGUGGCAUAACGCUAUGGAUGAUUUGAUUGCGGUUCAGCAGGAUGGGAUAACAGUGUUUGAAGAGAAGAUUCAAGAGUUGGAGGAAAUUAAUGAAAAACAAGUGAAUGAAAUUGAGACUCUAAAAAAUAAGUUGAACUUGUCUGAGCAAAAAGUUGAGGAGAUGGAAAAAGAACGUUCUGAAUUGCAGUCAAAUAAAGAGGCAGAUGAAACGGCAGCAAAGGACACAAUGAAAAUUGAAUCAAUAGAGGAGACUUGCAGAAAGUAUGAAGAACAAGUUGAAGAACUACAAAAACAAUUGGCAAUUGCAAAUGAAGAAAUUGCAACUUUGAAAGAUCCUGGGUCCAUAGGAAAUCAGCACUUGGCUCCACCGCUUUCACUGCAGCGAUUGAUUUCAAUAUCAACCGCAUCUUCCAACCUUGGUCAUACUGGAACUAAUGAUUCAACAAAAGCUGUACAGCUUGAUACCGACGAGGGGUUAUCAGAAGUCAUACAAGACUUGCCAGUAUACAAGCCUUUCAAGUUGACUGAUCCAAGUCAAGGAAAAUCUAACUGGUGUGGGUUGUGUGAAAGAGAUGGGCAUAGCUCGAUUAAUUGUCCUUUUGAAAAUGACAUCUUCUGA